GCUAAACAAGUACCAUAUCAAAUAGGAGACUCGAUUGGAGCUAGGUCCACGAUAACCGUUAACAAAUCUGAUACACCGGUGUGCAUAUCAUUACGACCGACUAGGAUUAAUGAUCGGUGGGACAAAAUUACUCGAUCGGCGGAUUUCAUUUCCGUCUGCUGCCAGCUUUGGAUCAGUUUAGGGGAGUCCCUGUUUUACCUUGUGAUUUCAGAUAACGCGCGUUAGCGAGGUCUUGACGGGGACGUCGGACUUCCGGGUACUCUGGCCUGAGCUGCACGGGACGCGCCCCGCGGCUUAACGGCGCGGUGCCCGUCUUCUACAAGUAACAUUUCGAGUCGCUAGCUGCAUGCUGAUUGAUGGCGAUGCCGAAACGGAUGGUCAACAAAUAUCUUUAAUUAAACUAAAACAAUGACUAUGGAUGAUCUUCCUCCCCCUCCUCCUCCUCCUUCUCGUUCUUCUUCGUUGUCUUCUAUUCCGUCAGUUACAUCAAGCAGUUCAAAACCUUCCGAUCCAUCUCUUCAUCAGUCUACUCAGUCACUGCCCUCACUUCUUGAACUUUCUAUCUCUGAUCUGCCUUCUUCUACUCUCCCCAGCAUUGGUCUUUGCCCUACUCCAUCUUUUCAUCCCUGUCACCCUCCAUCUUUUCAUCCCUGUCAUCCUCCAUCUUUUCAUCCCUGUCAUCCUCCAUCUUCUCUGCCCCUGCAUGCUUCUUCUUCUGCAAAUGAUGAUCCACUACAUGGAUUGUCUUGUCAGUGCUUUGUCUUCUUUUUUCUCCAUCUCUUGAUCAUUCUUUGUUUUCUUUACAUUAUCAUGGUCGUAUCGUAUCUUUUUCUUUAAAUGUUUGUCUUCAUCUUCUUUGUCUGUGUAUGCAUGUUCUGAACGUAAUGUUUCUAUCCCUGCUAUACUAGCUAUCCAUUUUCUUCUCUCCAAAAGAAAAUAUGUUGAGAUGACAACCAGACGCCGCCGUGUUGCACCGCAUCAACAGGUAGAGAAAUGGUGCAGGGCUGAAAAAGACCCAGAUGGCUUUGAAAUAAAGUUUGUGAAUGAGACAAUAGGUCAUGGACUUUUCACAUGCAAACACUUCCAGAAAGGUGAUUUUCUUCUAGAAUACAGAGGGAUUUUCAGUGAGACAUUAGAUGCAGAUGAAGACAAUGACUACACAUUUCAUUUUCUUCAUACAGGUGUGAACUACAGCAUUGAUGCAUCUGAUCCAGAGGCGGGGUUAGGCCGUUGGAUUAAUGAUGAUCAUAAGGCACCAAAUUCUGUAAUGAAGAAAAUCAUCCUGCAUGACUCAAGUCCACAUCUGUGUCUGUUUGCAUGUGACGAUAUUCAGGUGGGGGAGGAAAUACGAUACGAUUACGGCACUAAGGAUUUGCCAUGGCGGCAGCCUCCCACACCAAACGUCAUGCCACACACUAACAUCAACGUGCAGGAAACGCCUAGCAAGAAGCUGCCGACACCCCACAGCAUGGACAUUGUCACCUCCACUACCACCAAUAAGCUGCCCUAUAUGCCAAAUGCAACAUCCAAGCCAGCAUCACAACCAAUCAUGAACAACAUCAGCAACCAAAGCUCUCACCAGUGUCCUAUCCAAGGAACACCAUCCACCAGUCAACUACUACCCCACUCUCAAGAGGGUGGCACACCAACAUCCGAUGAUAAUGGGACAGCUAGGCAAGAGGUACACUCCCUGAGUAACAGCAUGUCUUGCAGCCAGGUUGAUGCCUGCUAUAACCCGGACUCAGAUUCCCCAGGUGUCAUAGAUGGAAGUGAAGAGGGACCAGAAGGCCUAGAUACCCAAUUGCACACACCAAUUGUGGAGCACACCUCCAGUAACAUGCAGGAAACGGCUAUAAACAAGCUGCCGACACCCAACAGCAUGGACAUUGUCACCUCCACUACCACCAAUAAGCUGCCCUAUAUGCCAGAUGCAACAUCCAAGCCAGCAUCACAACCAAUCAUGAACAACAUCAGCAACCAAAGCUCUCACCAGUGUCCUAUCCAAGGAACACCAUCCACCAGUCAACUACUACCCCACUCUCAAGAGGGUGGCACACCAACAUCCGAUGAUAAUGGGACAGCUAGGCAAGAGGUACACUCCCUGAGUAACAGCAUGUCUUGCAGCCAGGUUGAUGCCUGCUAUAACCCGGACUCAGAUUCCCCAGGUGUCAUAGAUGGAAGUGAAGAGGGACCAGAAGGCCUAGAUGCCAUGUCAGAGGUGUCAGACCUGUCGGAAACUACUACAGAUCUAACAGAUGAUUCUGACCCGGAUUACAUACCGGAAUCUGAUGAUGAUGUUGGGGAAAGGGAGAUGAGUCCUGUCAUUCCUAUCCCUGGAUCUUUUAAUAUUCAUCGUGGUUGUCUACCCACUCAUGAAGAUGAAGCAUCAACCAGUGAGAAUCAUGUAGACAGCACCUCAAAAGCAGUAUUGCAUGCCUGCAGUAGGUCUUCAGGGAUACAAGUGAAUGCCACAGCAAAUGGAAGAAGUAAAAGCUGGGAUAAAGUCCAAUAUUGUCCUUUCUGCAUGGAACCUCAGAAGAAAUUACCUCGCCAUUUACAAACUCCCAAACACAGAAACGAACCACAGGUGCAGAAAUGGCUUUCUAGUGAAGACCAAAAGGAUAAAGUGAGACAAUUGACACUAAUGCGCAAUUAUGGAAACUACCUACACAAUAUCUCUGUCCUGAAGAAGGGAGUUGGAGAACUCAUUGUUGUUCAUAGGCCAGCAGACAAGUCAGAUCCAUCAGAUUACGUUCCCUGCUCAAACUGUUAUGGUUUUAUCACGAAGACAGAAUUGUGGAAACACAAGUGCAGCCAGAUACUUGAUAGUAUACCAUCUGGGAAAACAAAGAAACGAGGAAAAGUGCGUGCUGCCAAAAUGCUGCUACCAAAUACUCCUGGGGUGGAUACGAGAACCAUUGAAAUCCUGUCGAACAUGAUCGAUGACAAUAUAGCCGCUGUGGUCAGGUCGGAUGACCUAAUAACAAAAUUUGCUGAGAAGUUAACCAUGAAACAUGGACAUAGCAGAGACCAAGAGAACUAUAUCAGGCAACGGUCAAGGGAGCUAGGAAGAAUGGUCCUCGAGUACAGAUCAAUGACAGGGGAGACCAAUGUCGAUCUUGCAAGUCUCAUACGUCCUGAGAAGUUUGUUGCAGUGACGUCUGCUACAAAACUGGCUGCAGGAUUUUGUGCUGAAAACAAUGUCUACAAAACCCCCAGUCUUGCAUUAAAGAUCGGACACGGUCUGAAGACUUGUUGCGAGAUUCUACAAGGAAAAGCCAUUAUGACGCAGAACUCUGCCAUCAAGAAAAGUUGCAAGGCAUUCUUGACCCUGUAUGACCUUCAAUGGGGGAGCUAUGUAACUCACCAUGCACUAAGAAGUCUUCAAGAAGGAAGAAGAAAUAACCCAAAGUUGUUGCCACUUACCGAAGAUGUAGUCAAAUUUGCGAAACAUCUCAAGGGAGAAAUGCAUGCAAAAUUGAAUGGGCUUGAGAAAGAGAGCAACACCAACAGAAUUGCACAUGAAUGGCAUAAUCUUUCUGAAGUACUGCUGGCACAUAUUGUUGUCUUCAACAGGAAAAGACCUGGAGAGGUCUCAAAAAUGACCAUGCAAGAUUAUGAAAAUUGCUCGCAAGGAGAAGGUGGUAUAAUUGAUGGUGCUCUCAGCAAGUGGGAGAGAGCACUUUGUCGAGUUCUAUGGAGAGUCGAAAUCGUGGGAAAACGUUUGAGGACGGUGCCUGUACUUUUGACAACGACAAUGAAGAGGGCAAUGGACUUGUUGAAAGAGAGGAGAUGUGAGGCUGGCAUCGAGGAGAGCAACACAUAUGUGUUUGCUGGAUCAGGGGAAGGGCACCGGAGAGCAUGCGAUGCUAUCCGUGUUCAUUCCACCAAAUGUAAUGCUGAACAUCCAGAACAUCUCAGAGCAACACAUCUGAGAAAGCAAAUUGCCACUGUAGCCCAGAUUAUGAAUUUAAAGGAAAAUGAGCUAGAUGUCUUAGCUAAUUUCCUUGGGCAUGACAUCAGAACGCAUCGGGAAUACUAUAGACUCCCAGAUUCAACAGUGCAACUGGCGAAGGUUUCAAAAGUUCUUCUGAAGAUGGAGAGGGGAGAUCUUGAAGGUCUUGCCAAUAAAGGACUAGAGGAAGUGCAGUUGGAUCCCAGUGAAGAGUACAUCACUGAUGCCGAGUCAGAUUCUGAGGGUGAAGAUGUGCAGUCUGAUGAUUCACCUUUGGUGACUGUGAGGACAGAAGACUGUAGUGCCUACUCUGGGAAAUCAAAAAGUCCUUCUGAGAAUCAUCCAAUCAGGAAAGUCUGGACUUUGAAAGAGAAGACAACUGUCGCAGACCAUUUGGGCUCAUUUCUCCUAAGACGUACCCUACCAGGAAAGGCACAUAUUUUGAAACUCUUCAAUGCAGAGCCACAAACCUUUCGGGAUCGAUCUUGGACCAACGUGAAAGAUUUCGUUCGAAACCAGAUUCGGAAGAAGGAUGUAAUGGGAUUCUUGAAGAUGUAAAGUACAUUUAUGAAUGCUCAUCAUGAUACAUAUUAUAUAUACCUGUAGACAUUGUGACAUUUCUCCCAAAAGGGGAGGGGAGGGGGAUGUGGCAAUGGACUUAUCGUGUCAGGCUGUUGCCAAAUGAUUUGUUAUCAUUGUGUGCUUGUACAUAUAUGCAAAAUAAUUGGGG